UGGAGGUUCCACUCCUCACAGCUCAGUCUGAAAAAGUUCUUCUCUUCUAGCAUGAACCAGUCUCAGUUUUGGGACAGCUGAGAGACAGGGGGGACAGCAUCUGAGGGGGGAGGACGACUUCACUUAGAUUGAUCAUCGGGAGAGACGGAGUGAGGGGAAGGCAGAGUGAGAGAAGACGGGGACAGACAGAGACAUGAAUUGAAUUGAAUUGACAUGAGACCUGAAUCCUGCAGCUCCACGUGACACUAGGACUGCAGGAAACACACACACUGCUGCUGACACAGAGGGAGGGACUCAGGAGACCACCACAACUGUCCAUCUGUCUAUCCGCCUGCAGCCAUGACGAAGCUGAUGUGGAGCCUGUGUGCACUCCUCUGUCUCUCACUCUGGGGACAGAGUUCCUGCAGGAGCUCCAGGGAGGCCCGGAGGACCUCAGGACCUCCUCUGUACAGGAGCAAGAGAGCCCCCAUCAACCCUGACGCCAAGAAGUGUUCCUACACCUUCCUGGUUCCUGAACAGAGGAUCACAGGUCCCAUCUGUGCCAGCACCACCGGCCCGGAGCCCGACAAGGACAGGGUGACCCGCAUGGACAUGGCAGACGUGAGGGAGGUGCUGAACAAGCAGCGGCGUGAGAUUGAGACACUGCAGCUGGUGGUGGACGUGGAUGGGAACCUGGUGAACGAGAUGAAGCUACUGAGGAAAGAGAGCAGGAACAUGAACUCCAGAGUGACGCAGCUCUACAUGCAGCUGCUGCAUGAGAUCAUCAGGAAGAGGGACAACUCUCUGGAGCUGGCCCAGCUGGAGAACCGUGUCCUCAACGUCACCUCUGAGAUGGUGAGGCUGGCCUCCAGGUACAAGGAGCUGGAGGGACGUUUCGCCACCAUGGCCGGGGUGGUCAACAACCAGUCUGUUCUGAUCUCUGCACUUGAAGAGCAGUGUCUGAGGACUAUGGGACGCAGCGAGCUCCCAGUGGUGCCCCCUCUGGUCCAGGUGGUCCCACAGAACUUACCCGUCAACAGCCGGUUCACCAACGAGAUCCAGAGAGACACCAACAACCGGGCCUUCCCCAGAGGGUCACGCAUAGACGCUCCAACUGUGAGCCCGUUUGGGAUCAACCCCCCACCACAGGGAACACUGAGCUCUGAUGGCCCCUUCAGGGACUGUUUCCAGGUGCGAGAGGCCGGACACACCACCAGUGGGAUGUACCUGCUGAAGACGGACGGCAGCGACCAGCUGAUCCAGGCCUGGUGUGAACACGGCCUUGACAACGGAGGAUGGACAGUGUUACAGAGGAGGAAAGACGGAUCUGUUAACUUCUUCAGGAACUGGGAGAACUACAAGAGAGGAUUCGGGAACAUUAACGGCGAGCACUGGCUCGGCCUGGUCAACAUCUACAACCUGGCAAAGCAGGGUGACUACAAGCUGAUGGUGGAGCUGGAGGACUGGACGGGGAAGAAGGUGUAUGCCGAGUACAGCAGUUUCCGCCUUGAGUCGGAGAGUGACGGAUACCGGCUGAGACUUGGCACCUACCAGGGGAACGCUGGAGACUCGUUCAGCAGCCACAACGGCAAACAGUUCACCACGCUGGACCGCGACAAGGACGCCUUCUCAGGUAACUGCGCUCACUUCCAUAAAGGCGGGUGGUGGUACAACGCCUGCGGACAGACCAACCUGAACGGGGUUUGGUACAGCGGGGGGGUGUACCGCAGUAAGUUUCAGGACGGGAUCUUCUGGGCCGAGUACGGAGGAGGUUUCUACUCCCUGAAGUCUGUCCGUCUAAUGAUCCGACCCAUCGAUUGAGCCCUCAGACAGAGGAUUCUUCGCACGCUCCUCGUCUCCUUUCCUUAAUCUAACCCCUCCCCGGAGCCAGGACCAGAGCGUCUAACAUGAAGAGAGACAGCGGUGUUUAUGACCGAACUAUAAUGACUCAGUCUGUGGUUGGCUCAAACAUUGACUUUGGUCAGUAUUGGUCCAUCAUGCUUCCUGUGACCAUAAAGCCCCGCCCGCCCCCUGCCCUAUGUUUAUAUCUGAGUUUAUUAAAGGGAAAACCAGUGACUUCUUCUGAGCAGCUAAAGGUGACAACUGAUACCAGAGGGUGUUGGAUAAACUGGGAUGUCUGACUGUGGUAGCAUCACUUGAUUUAAAGUUGAUUCCAGUUUCAUCAUUACAGGCAACCUUUGUCUACAGGUGUGUCGGUGCUGUCUGGAUUUCUCUUACACUUAACUGACUCUACUUUCAGACUGUUGAGAAGAAGAGGACGUAGCUUCUCAGUUUCUAAAGUGUAAUCAACACAGAACUGCCUUAAACCUGCAGUCUUUCUUAUGUCCAACAUGGGGCGACUCCACUGGUUGCAUAAAGAUGUCUGCAGACACAAUAACAUGUCGACCACAUGAGAGUUUCAGCAAAUGUGUUCAUCAACCAAAAAUAAAGCCAGGAGUUUCUAAAAACUACAGUUCCUCUAGUGUAUACUAGAGGCUGUUUCCUUCAGUGAGACGGUCCCCAUAGAGCCCAUGUUUCAAUUUUUACAUUUACAGCAGAAAUAAAAGUGUGUCCAGCCUGGUACAGAAUAUAAAGGUCUCUCUUCAUGAUGACUGUACAAGGUUAGGAUUUCAUGUUUUUUUCCUUUUAGAUACUUUUGACACCAAGUGUAUUAAAAGGAUACAAUCUCAUAUGUCUUAAUGAUCAGUAACAUGAAAAAGUAACAAAACUUGAAAAGAAAUUACAGAUCUUCAGUCGUAUCAAUACCAUUCGAUUUUUACUAGAAUCAAAUUGAAGUUUGAAUUCUGGUAUCAUAAUAAUUAUUUUACUGGGAGAUAUUUUAUUAAAAAAACAAUCUGUUUUGAUUUCAUUUAGAAUGUGAGUUUUGCAUAAACUUGCAUAAUUUGGGGCGGGGUUGUUGUGACUGACAGUUGGACACUUUGAAGCUAUAUGCCCCGCCUCUCCCAGCUCCACCUCUAGAUGGAUCUAAAGUUAGGUAGAGUCAGCAUUUCUCACAUGUUGACCUCCAUCAUUGGGCUUCCUAACAUCUCUUCAGAAACCAAUGACGACAUCUCUGAGUCCAUGUUUUAUACACACUGUGGUCUACAUCUUCUUUUAUGGUCACUUCUGGUUUCAAAAAAGACAAAAUGCCAAAGCCUAGACUCAGUAUUCCUCUGACAAUGAGCAACAUGUCCCUCUUCUAUUCAGUCUCUGGUGAAGCGAGUGUCUGGUUCGUGCACAAGUAUGAGCGCUGGUGUGUAAAUAUCUUUGGAUUUAUGUGUGAAGGUAAUUUAAGAAGUGUGAUUCUCCUCAGGCUAAAUGUUCAGUGUUUUACUCUGAUAUUCUUUAUUUAUCAGUGUAUUUAUACUUUAUAUAUAUCAUAUCAUAUAGUCUUAUUAUGUUUAUGACAUGUACACACACAGACGUCCUGUUUGAUCACAUUAAAGUGUUCUAUAAACAUGA